UUUAUAAUUUUAGAAAUUAAUCGUUACACGUUGUAGGCAGAUUUACAAUGAUUUCCAAUUCCUAAAAUCAGUGUCUGCUAAAAACCAUAAUAUUUAAGCCUUUUUUAAUAAAUGUAACUAAUUAAUAAUCCGAAAUUUUGUUCUGUAAAUGAAAGUCAAUAAUAUUCUUUGUUUAUCGUUAACGUUUGAUUAUCGAUUAUUGAUACUGCAAAUGAAUUUUGCAAAUUUUAUGUGAUAGAUCAAUGUAUUAUACCUCGUAUGUUAUAUUUAUAGGUUUCAAACAUUACUUCUAUAGAUUAUGCCAAUAUCAUGCAUGUAUAUUAAGUCAGAAAGGAAGAUACAUUUUAGCUGCUGAUAUUUAAUUAAUUAAUAUACAGCAGAAGAUAUGGAAGAUAUUAAUGCUAAGAGAAAUGCCAGAAGAAGGAGAAUUUUGGAAAAUUCAGAGAAACGGUUAUUGAAAAUUACUGGUAGAGACAACGAUAAUGAAUCAAAAGUCCAGAGUAUACAUUUAGGUUCAUUCAGUCAAACAUUCAUUGCUCCAGAUAUACAAAAUGAAACUUUAUAUCCAAAUAUAAAUAAUGAUAUAUCAGGUAUUGACAGUACUUCAUAUGAGACAAAAAGUUCGUCACCUCCAUUAUUAACAAAUCGCAUAAAUUAUGUAUUAUUGGCUGUUAUUGUCAAUAUACUACUCAUAUUACAACUGGAUCAUUUAUUUGGGAAGACAAUCACAAUACCAUACUUUCUAGUAAUGUUGGGACGUUUGUACAACUAUAAAAAUGCACGAGAAAUGCAAGAGAAUAAUCUACUGUAUGCUGCUUUGAUCUUAUGCAAUGUUAAGCCUGAGUUAACUUAUCAAUUAAAAAAGUUAGUAACAGUAAGUCAUAUGAUAGUUGGAGAUUUAGCUUUAUACAUUUUCAGUUUCACAUUAAUAUAUUAUGGAUUCUUUUACUGUUUAUAUAAUACGGACAUUCCUAUUAUCUUAACCAUGUAAAUUAGACAUGAAAUAUAAUUAAACAUAUGAUUCGUCAACUUUGCCCAAAUUUUUAUACAAAAAAAAAAUAUAAAUAUGUAGCAUAUCAAUCAGAUCUUUACAAUACACAAUUAUAAUAAUACAAAAUCAGUAGAAUUCGUUUAUUCCUCAUUUUUCACUAAUAUGUAAAUGAAAAAUUAUUAAAAAUAAAAGAGUGAUAUACAAUUAAAACUUAGAAAAACCGAACUUUUUCGGUUACGUACCGAAUAUAUCUGAAGAACGCGUGAUGUCACAAGUCUGCAACGGCGUUACAUACUUUCUUAACUUAUUAUGUAGCUCCUAUUACCGGUGCGCGUACAUACCAUGGUCGUAUACGUAUACGACCAUACUUUAAUUAGUUAAUUCGAUCAAUAAGUAAAUAUAUGUAACGAAAAUGUAAUCUAAUUGUUUCUAGUAAACUAAAUUUUUGUUUAUUGACAUAAA